AUGGAUAAAUUCCCACUUUUAGGAAAUAAAAAUAAAGUUAAGGAAUUAAUUGAUAUUAUUGGGAAUUACUACACUAUUAAAAUUAUUGAUAUAGAUUUACCUGAGUAUCAGGGAGAACGACACUUUAUUACAUUAAAUAAAUGUAAAGAUGCAUAUAAUAAAUUAAAAUGUCCUAUUAUAGUUGAGGAUACUUCUUUAUGUUUUAAUGCAUAUAAUGGUUUACCUGGUCCAUACAUCAAAUGGUUUUUAAAAGCUAUUGGUAAUAUAGGUUUAGUUAAUAUGUUGAAACCUUAUAAUGAUAAGAGUGCAUAUGCAGUUACUCAGAUUGCUUAUUUUGAUGGUAAUAAUAUGGAUGAGCCAAUUUUAUUUGAAGGAAUUGUAGAAGGUGAAAUAGUUACUCCAAGGGGUAAUACUACUUUUGGAUGGGAUUGUAUAUUUCAACCAACAGGAUAUAAUUUAACAUAUAGUGAAAUGGAACCUAAAUUAAAGAAUUCUAUUUCUCAAAGAUUUAAAUGUUUAGAGAAAUUAAAGGAAUAUUUGGAAAAAGGUUACCCCUAA